ACCAGAAUUCCGAAAAAGUCCACCGCCAUCAGUCACUAGUCACUGAGUCAUCGACUGGCUAGUCUAGUCACUACCACGAUCCACGAUACACUGCUGCCACUCAAACGAUGAGAUGACGACGAGAAUGAGCACUCUCAAUCCUACGCUGCUCAGAAGCAUUUCGUUCCUCUGCGUGCGGGUCCAGCAUCGGCGCCUGGGCCUUGGGCUGGUGGGCCUGAGUGGUAGGGCGUGGUGCAGCGGCGCGAGCGAGUCGACUCGGGCGGCGGGGCCGGAGGGUGUAUUGUCCUCUGCGGACAAGUCUACGCUGAGAGGAGUGCUGAGCGUCAAGGAGGCGCCAAAGUACCCGAGGUGGGACGACCCUGACUACUGUAAAUGGAAGGAUAAGGAAGGGGAGAUUCUGAACGACAUCGAGCCCGUCGUUUUGCUCGCCAAGGAGAUUCUCCAUUCUGACAGGUAUAUGGAUGGUGAGCGCCUUUCAGCUGAAGAUGAAAAGGUUGUGGUGGAAAGACUUCUUGCUCAUCAUCCGCAUUCUGAGGAUAAAAUUGGCUGUGGAAUUGAUUCUAUCAUGGUUGAUCGACAUCCCCAAUUUAGACACUCAAGGUGCCUGUUUGUCAUAAGAACUGAUGGUAUAUGGAUUGACUUCUCCUACCAGAAGUGUCUUCGAGCAUAUAUCCGAGAUAAGUACCCAUCCCAUGCAGAAAGAUUCAUUCGAGAACAUUUUAAACGUGGUAGUGGCUAAAUGCGUAUCUCUCAUAAUGCUUGUAUUGAAGUUUAAUUUGGCUUUGGUAAUUAGAGAUCAGCAUGAUAUGAAAUUCGAAUUUUUCUAGCGAAGGGGUACUAUGACCCACAUAUAGCCUAGAUCCACAAAAUGUCAAUGUAGUAGAUAAUCCUUGACUGACACUCAAAUGUAUUUUUAAGAAUGAGGACGAAGAAAAUGAUUGAAGUGAACUUCACUUUGUUGACUUGCA